GUUGCCUCCCUGAUUACCCCUGUUCCGGGCGGUGUCGGCCCAAUGACGAUCGCGAUGCUGAUGAAGAACACGCUGAACCUGGCGCGGCACAGCAUCGACCUCCCCCGCAUUCCUCUGCGCCGCAGCGCUCCAGCAGCCUCAAAGUGCAGUGGCAGUGCGAGUGCCAAGACAGCGUCCAAG